AGGGAAGGAGACAGAGGGGUGGGGAGAGAGAGAGCGUUGUGCGCGUUCAGGCAGGACAGGAGGGCGCGCAGGACAUCAGCACACCGGCCGGGUCAAGGAGCUGCAAGGAUGGAGUUCCGACCAGACAGGUUUAAGGCGGUCGCUGGCAAAACUCUGGGAAAAAUUCACAGGCUGAUUGAGAAACGGCAGCCGAAUGGAGAAACCAUCGAGUUGUCAGCGGAGGGUCGUCCUGAGCUGGUGGAGGAAAAGGAGCUGCCGGUGGUGGACUGUACCUGCUUUGGUUUGCCCAGGAGGUACAUCAUCGCCAUCCUGUCUGGCCUGGGCUUCUGCAUCUCCUUCGGUAUCCGGUGCAACCUGGGAGUGGCCAUCGUAAGCAUGGUCAAUGACCACACUGUCUACAAAGGCAACAAGGAAGUGCUGGUGGCUGCACAGUUCACCUGGGACCCUGAGACGGUGGGGAUGAUCCACGGCUCCUUCUUCUGGGGCUACAUCGUCACACAGAUCCCGGGUGGCUUUAUAUGUCAAAAAUUUGCCGCCAACAGAGUGUUUGGUUUCGCCAUAGUGGCCACAUCCACGCUCAACAUGCUGAUUCCAUCUGCCGCUCGCUGCCAUUACAGCUGCGUCAUACUUGUCAGGAUAUGCCAGGGUCUUGUCGAGGGUGUUUCAUACCCAGCCUGCCACGGGAUCUGGGCAAAGUGGGCGCCACCUCUUGAGAGAAGUCGAUUAGCCACAACGGCCUUUUGUGGAUCCUAUGCAGGGGCAGUGGUGGCAAUGCCUUUAGCUGGGAUACUGGUGCAAUACACUGGGUGGCCUUCAGUAUUUUAUGUUUAUGGCAGCUUUGGGAUAUUUUGGUAUUUGUUCUGGGUUCUGGUGUCGUAUGAGAGUCCUGCAGCUCAUCCCACCAUCACACCAGAGGAGAGGAAAUACAUCGAAGAGGCAAUUGGAGAGUCUGCAUCGUUUCUCAAUCCUCUCCAAAAAUUUAAAACCCCGUGGAGACAGUUCUUCACUUCGAUGCCAGUCUAUGCCAUCAUCGUGGCCAACUUCUGCAGAAGCUGGACUUUCUACCUGCUGCUCAUCAGCCAGCCGGCCUACUUUGAAGAAGUGUUUGGCUUCGAGAUCAGCAAGGUGGGGAUGGUCUCAGCUUUGCCCCAUCUGGUCAUGACGAUCAUUGUGCCUGUUGGCGGCCAGUUGGCGGAUUACCUAAGAACCCACAACCUGAUGUCCACCACCAAUGUCAGGAAGCUCAUGAACUGUGGAGGUUUUGGGAUGGAGGCCACCCUGCUGCUGGUGGUCGGAUACUCUCACACUAAAGGCAUUGCCAUUUCUUUCCUGGUCCUCGCUGUGGGUUUUAGCGGGUUUGCUAUCUCAGGUUUUAACGUGAAUCACUUGGAUAUCGCCCCUCGAUACGCCAGCAUACUGAUGGGAAUUUCAAACGGAGUGGGAACAUUAUCUGGAAUGGUGUGUCCUCUCAUAGUGGGAGCCAUGACCAAACACAAGACACGCGAGGAGUGGCAGGGCGUCUUCCUCAUAGCUUCCCUUGUUCAUUAUGGAGGAGUGAUCUUCUAUGGAAUCUUUGCAUCAGGAGAGAAGCAGCCAUGGGCAGACAUAGAGGACACAAGUGAGGAGAAGUGUGGUAUAAUCGAUGAGGAUGAACUGGCCAAUGAGACAGAGGAGCUUUACCGUGGAGGUGGGCAGUACGGCGCCAUGAGCCAACAGGCGGUCGGGUCCAACGGAGGAGGAGGAGGAGGAGCAGGAGCCGGGGCAGGAUGGGUGACAGACUGGGAUAAGUCUGAGGAGUACGUGCAGCCGCCUGGAUACAACUCCUACAUGUAUGAAGGAGAAGAGGAGAAGACGCUGACAUAGACGACUGACAUGACACAAAAAAUAACACAAAAAAGAAAGAGGAAGAUUGUUUUUGGAAAGGGAUUGUAGGGGAGUCACUGCUGUACUUAAAGGACCUGCUGUGUGCAUUUACAAUUUGCACAUGUCAAAAGUAUGCAUCUGGUACAAUCCAUUGUGCGCGUGCACGCGUGUGUGUGUGUGUGUGUGUGUGUGUGUGUGUGUGUGUGUGUGUCUGUGUCUGUGUCUGUGUGUGUGUGUCUGUGUGUGUGUGUCUGUGUGUAGCCAUGUGCAUGCAGAUGUUGGAGUUAUUCACAUACAUGAACACACACAGUAUUUAUCUGCAAAAUCUGAACUCACCGCCCAGAUUUCCUUCCUGCUCCUGAGCUAGUUGUGAUUGGUCAGGAGUUCUGUUUCCACAACAUCACUGUGUGUGUGUGUGUGUGUGUGUGUGUGUGUGUGUGUGUGUGUGUGUGUGUGUGUGUGUGUGUGUGUGUGUGUGUGUGUGGUCAGGUGCUGGCUAUACUUGUGGGGACCAAAUGUCCCCACAACUGUAGGAAAACCGAAAACAAUGUCACUUCUGGGGACCUCAUUUGGGUCCCCAUGAGGGGAAACAGUGUUUUCUUUGCCAUGUUGUUGUUACUGAAAAAAGUAAAAGUGCAAAAACGUUUUUUUAGGGUUAGGCAAUGUUUUGGUCUGGGUUAAGGUUAGGUUUAGGGUUAGGGUUAGGGUUUAGAUUUGAAUGGGAGUCAAUGGUAUGUCCCCACAAUGAUAGAAAAACACAGUAUGCGUGUGUAUGGGUGUGUGUGUGUGUCUGUGUGUCUCUCUGUGUGUGUGUGUGUGUGUGUGUGUGUGUGUGUGUGUGUGUGUGUGUGUGUGUGUGUGUGUGUGUCUGUGUCUGUGUCUGUGUGUGUGUGUGUGUGUGUGUGUGUGUCUGUGUCUGUGUCUGUGUGGGGAACUUUUGCCUGAACAGCAACUUGUUCAAGCCACUGGCAUUGUGUUGUAUUUAAAUUUUUAUGUGAGCCAUGCAAGUAGUUUUUGGUUUGUUUGUUUUUUUUGCUGGAAAAGCUGGUUUGGGGCUUCAGUUUUAACACUUAAGCCCUCAGACUGAGUCAAAAUCAUACUGAUUGUGUGAUACAAGACACACAAAGUGAAAAUUUGUGUGUUUAUAUGAGUGUCGCCACUAAUAGAUAAUUUUGUCCAGAUGCAAGAGAAGAUGUGCAUCACUGAAGUUUGUUUGCAUGUGGUGGUUGCAUUUUUGUCGUGAGAAUCGAUCAUGUAAGGAAAAAAGGUGCUUAGAUGUUGUGUCAGUCCUCUGUUAAAGCGACCUCCCCUUCAUGUGAGUGUGCAAAGGCGUGUGCUUGACUCUGAACACAAAGCUGCAUGUGGCGUCUCACUGAAUCUCACCUGGGUCUGACCGAACUAGGUCACGUCCAGCCAGGAUCAUGGGUCACUACUUGCCUAUCAUGAGUGUAAUCAUCUGACACUUGUGACUUUCUACGUGGCGUCCCAUCAGAGAGGUGGCCCAGGGGGACAAGUAGAGUGUGAUGCUUUGCUGUUCCACAGUUUAACCAGCAUGGAUCAAUAGUUGUAAUAUUUCCAGGCCAUACCACAAGCUGGUCCAUUCAUGCCUUUUACUGUCUUCAACCCUUGUUGCUGCUGUUUCCGCGUCUUUAGCAGCUACAUGAAAUAUCCGUCAUGUCACAGUUGGUGGAGCUUUUCAGACUUUCUGUGUGCGUGUGUGUGAGACGGCACGUGCUCCGUUGUGUUGGGUGCAGGUGCUGAAACAUUGUGCGGUGAGCAUGUUUUAAUGAGCAGAGCGCCGCAGUAGCUCGCCAGCCCUUUUUUUCUUUUACACACAAACACAGGGUGCAGAUUUCAUGCAAGCACAGUCAAGUGCACAGUGUGCAGAGGGAGCAGUGACACACUAUUUGGCAUUUACGUAGUUGUAACAGUGAAGGGAGUGCCCGUGGUGCACAUGGGUGGGAUUAGCAGGAAUUUCUUAAGAGAUAUUAUCAGAGGAUGUUUUAAUUUUGUAAGUAUCAUGGCCAAUCACAUCAGCUCCUUAAGACACUGGUGGCAGCUGGGAAAUGGAGUUUUGGAGAGAGAGAGCUCAAAAAGGAGAGGAUCUAUUGUGCAGGUUGCACAGUGCAACUCUUUACACCUGCACAUACAGAACAUAGAACCAACAGACUCCAACAACAAACAUGUGCAUGGACACACACACACACGUCCACACACAUGCACACACACGCACACAAGUCCUGCAUUGCACAUCUACUCACAGGUCAUGCCAACACACAGUCCUUUAUUUUUAACUUUGAAAGGACAUUUACAGAUGGCUCUCUUUCAGAUCACAUUUGUGAGAAAAAAUUUACUGCUGGAAUGUUAAAGGGAUUUGUAUUUGAUCCAAAUGAGGGUUUAAAAGUAAAAUGUGUCAAAGUAUUUAAAAAAAAAAGUGAAUACAGCAAAUUACCAGUUUGCGUUGAAUGAAAUGUCUUAAAGACAUGAAUGAUUAUUCCUGUGAUCAAUUUCAUUUUUAAGUGUUGUAUCAGUGUAACUUUAAACAAGCUUCAUCUUUGUCUCAGUUUAUGGCUGUUCCAAUGUUGUCCUCCUCCCUCUUGAUGAAAUGUGUGGAUACCUGCUGGGAAUCAUGUAAAAAAAAACUUUAAAAAAGAGGAAAUUAUCUUAUUUAAACAUGCAAAUAUGUGGAAGGUAUUUUGUGUAUAAAAAUGUACAUGUGAGAUAACCUUAUGUAUAAUAAAAUUUACAUAAUUUAA